UCAUCAUCUAUAUAUAUAUAUUGCUUGCACCACCAUAACCACACAGGCACCAGAACAACCUAAAAUCUGAUAGCAAUCUCCCUCUACAGGUUUAGCUUAUAACUAAUGGCUUUUUCAGUGAUCUCUGUGUUUUUAUUUCUACUUGGUGGGAUAUUUGCAGCUGAAAAUGAUGACAUUGCUUUCGAUAAAAAUUAUGAGUUCAUAUGGGGAAAUGAUCACAUAUUGUCUCUGAAUCAAGGGAGCGAACUCCAGCUUACGUUGGAUAAUCGUUCCGGGUGUAAAUUUGCUUCGUACCUAAACUACAGUUCUGGGUUCUUCCAUAUGAGGAUGAAGAUACCAGAGAACAAUAAUACUGCAGGAGUUGUCACAAGUUUUUAUCUAAUGUCAAAGGCUAGCGCUAGUCAGCAUGAUGAACUGGACUUUGAGUUCUUGGGUAACAUAGAAGGCCAGCAAAUCACAUUGCAAACAAAUGUGUUUGUAAAUGGUGUGGGGAACAGAGAGCAAAGGAUUAACCUAUGGUUUGACCCAGCAGGAAAUUUCCACGAUUACAAAAUUUUUUGGAACCCUCAUCAUGUUGUAUUUUUCAUCGAUGACACCCCAAUUAGGGUUUUCAAUAAUUACACAAACUAUGGAGUUCCGUACCCGACGCAGCCAAUGCGAAUCGAAGCAGCCUUGUGGACUGCAGAUUGGGCAACUUUCGGGCAUAAGAUAAAUUGGACUUACGCACCAUUUGUAGCUCACUACCAAGGAUUUGACAUAAGUGGGUGCUCAGCACAGAACUCCGAUGUUGAAGAAUGUUAUAGCUCCAAUCAUUGGUGGAACAACAUGGAGUAUUGGAACCUAAAUUCUACCCAACAGAAGGCAUACGAGAAUGUGAGAAAGAAAUACAUGAACUACGACUACUGUGAUGACAAGGCUAAGUACCCUUCCGGGCUUCCCCGAGAGUGCGUUAUUCAGAAAAAUGGUCAGCUACAUAAUGGUCAGAAAUAUUAGAAUACAAAUAAACAAGGGAAACAAUUUACCAAAAGAAUAAAGGGAGAAAUAAUACUUUUAAUAAAGUACCAAUUGGUGCUGUAAUUAUCUCAGAUGAAAUUUAUUGGUAUUUUCUGAAGAACAUUUGCAUUGUACUUGUUAAAUAGGAUGGUUAGAAAUUUUUAUAUGUAUGUGAUGCAUGACUAAUUGACUAAUUAAUUAAUUUUAUCAUA